AUGCCUGUGUCGAUUGGCGACGAGUAUUAUUCGUACUCGCCGCGGCCCUUUGUCGUGGCGUCGGCUGUAAUUGCCCCGCCGGCCUCGUCGUCCCCGGCGCCUGUGGCUGUGGGGAUAUCGCCUCUUCCCGCACCUCAAUCUGCGCCGUCGUCGGUGACUCAGGCUGGCCGUGUCCUCGCGCCUGCUGCCCCGCCCGUUCCCGCCGUGGCGACGUUGUCUGCCCCUGGCGUGGCGCCUGGUCAUGCGCCCGCGUCGUCACCUGCUCCCGCGCUCGCCCCGGCGUCCGCUCCUGCCCCUGCCCCUGGGCUUGUUGCAGCGUCUGAUCCUGCGCACGCUUCUGCGCCUGCGCCGGUGGUUCCACCUGUCCCCGUGGGGGUGCCGGCGCCCGUGCCUGUGGUUGCGGCGUCGUCUGCUGCUGUUGGAGACGCCUCCGCGCCGCCACUGGUCGCGCCUGCCGUGGCGCCUUCUGCUGUUGCUGGGGCGGACCCGAUGUACCAGCCACUUCCAGCCACCAGCGCCGGCCUGAGCGCGGCGGAGGUUCAGUCGGCUCGCGCGUCGCCUCCGGAUGCUCCUGCCCCUCUGUCAGCGCCAGCAACCGUGCCGCCUCCGACCAUCCAGGCGGGUCCUGCUCCCGCACCCCUUGCUCCUGUUCCGCCUGCUCAACGUCCUCCGUCCCCCGGCCGUCGGCAGCAUCGGCCUCAUUCCCCUGCCCCGCGUGACGAGCGGGAGACGUCACGGCGGCGUCACGAUUCACCUCGCCACCGUGGUUCGCAGGCGAACUGGGCUGCACCCCGUGGCGGCCAAGGGGGCUGCUGGGGAGGGCGUGGUCGUGGUGGCGGCUGGGUGUAUGAUCAGCCGGUAUAUUGUCACGCGGCUCUUUCUCGUGGCGUGCCUCUGGUAGGCGGCCCUCUGGACGAGUGCUCGGAUGCCGCUGACCGACUUGCCGAGCUCCUUGCGCCCGUGUUGGCUGCGCCCGCGUGGGGUGGAGUUGCGGGCGUUGGGCAGCUUGGGACUGCGCUCCGUGGUCUGCGCCGGGUGAUGCGCGCAGCGACUGCAGUCGACCUGAUCGGCGCAACCACUGUGGUGGUGCGCGAGCUUCAUCGCUCAAUGACGGGGCUCCUUGCUGCUCUUGACGCGGAUCAGAUGUAG